AAAAAAAAAAAAAAAAACACCACCAUGACUUUCAACACCAUACUCUCGAGCAUCAUCCUCCAGCUCUGCCUGGCCUCUCUCGGUCUUGCCGCUCCCGUCUCGACCGAAGCGUUGGAGAACAGCUGGCAGUAUGGUACCGGCGGCGGUCUCAUUGGACUUGUUGUCCUCAUCCUGGAUAUUAUCGUGUUCGUCGAGGUCCUAAAGUCGAGCCGCUCGCCCGCCCAGAAACUCAUCUGGUGCCUCGUCGUCUUCCUCUUCCCCGUCAUCGGCAUGAUCAUCUACUAUCUCUUCUCGAACCGCUCCAACUACCAGCGCGGCUCAGGCUACGAGACCCUGGCGUAGUGGGUGGUGGCCAUAGGUGGUGGUAACGAUAACUUCCCCACCUUGACGAGACAUGAGAAACGAACAUACCGGAGUCCAGAAGGGGGUUGAAUCGGACUAUGUAGCACCUGGCCUGCAAGGUGUCGGGGCGGCAGUUUUCUCCGGUUCCCUUAUGAUCGGGGUCAAGAUCGAUGUAGAAGUACAUACGAUGUGAUGUUUUACAGCUCACGUUCCGUACCUUGCUCUAUUAGAAAUUCAAGGCAAAGUCGCUUACAUCUGAAA